UGUCCCACUGUUUCCUGGACCGCAACAGUUUCCACUCUGUGUUUGGAACCUGGAGAGGCCGUUCCAUUUAUUUGGAGAGCUGCUUCAUUCUUCCCUUCCUGGCUUCAGAAACUAUAACAUCACCAUGAAGCUGCUGACUCUGUGUGCACUUCUCUGUGCAAUGAUGGCUGUAACCACUGCUGGUGCCAAGAGUCACCUGGUCAAGAGGUGCGUUUUUUGUCCUGAUGGUUGGAAUCAACCCCGAUGUCCUUACGGUUGGACUCAAGUUGGUUUUCGCUGCUUUUUCUACAAUCAAACACCCAUGAGUUGGGAUUCUGCUAAGAGACACUGCUGGGACUUGGGGGCAAACCUUGCAUCAGUGCACACUUACUGGGAGCACCAAAGGAUCAUUCAGCUGUUUGGCAACAUGCGAGUUUGGAUUGGAGGCAGCAAAGGACUCAAGGGUACUUGGUUUUGGAGUGAUGGGACCAGUUUCUCCUUUUCACAUUGGUGCUGGGGAGAGCCCAGUAAUGCUUACUAUGAGAAGUGUCUGCUGAUGAGUUCUCGAGAUUCAAAUUGCUGGCUUGAUGCAUGGUGUGGAUAUCAUCUGCCAUCUCUCUGUGCCAAGAAUAUCAUCUAAUGGCAGCAUUGGACUGACACUCAAGCACAAAACUCCCAUAAAGCACAUACUGAUGUAUGAUGGUGUUUGCUCUUUUUUGCGGCAUUAAAGCUUCAAGCAAA